GACUAGGCCUACGUGUCCACCUGCACUACAGCUGAUCUAAUACGAGACUCAGCGGUGUAACAUCUGAUUGAGGCUGUGCAGGGGCUGUGUGUGUUGUGUGUGUAGCCUUUUUACAGCAGAGCAGGCCCGCCAUUUCCCUCCCUGGUGGUCUUUUUUUCUUUCAUAGCGUUUUAAAGCGGAGCAGCGGCGGCAGCGGCAAGAGGAGGGGAGGAGAAGAAGAAGAAGCGGCGGCGACGACUGGCGGAGCGGCGGAGGCAGGCAGGCAGGCAGGCAGGAGGAGAGACGCAGGGAUCCGGUGUGCCACAUCGGGAUGAGAGCGAGACACAGACCCGGGUCGGAUGAGUCAGCGAGUGGACCCUGCAAUCACGGCAUCCCUGAAAUCUGAACGAAGCCGAGCGGUGCAACAAAAAAGAAACAAACUAACAUUUUUUGACUGUUGUUGUUGUCAGAUUCCGCUUCUUUUUAUUCCGCCCUCCCCUGGCCCGCGUCUGCCAUAGCCUAGUUUUGAUUUUUUUUUUUUUUAAAUCAUCACCAAGGUGGGAAAAGGUGGGGGUCCAGCAAGGUUGCGGAGGAGGUGGAGGUUUUUAUUUUCUUUCUUUAUUCAAAGCCCGAAGAUAAACCCAGAAUAGCUUGGCAAAGUCUUUUGUUGCAUUCAGUGUGUGAAGAUGUCGGGGCAGAGCAUUACGGACAGGAUAACUGCAGCCCAGCACAGUGUAACGGGAUCCGCCGUGUCGAAAACAGUAUGCAAGGCCACCACUCACGAAGUAAUGGGUCCGAAAAAGAAACAUUUGGACUGUGAUCUGAUGCACUCACAGUCAGAGGAGUCACUAUGCCGUUUUGUCCAGUACCUGGCUUCGAGGAAUACACUAUUCAACCUCAGUAAUUUCUUGGACAAAAGUGGGUUACAAGGUUAUGACAUGUCCACAUUUAUUAGGAGGUAUAGUCGAUACCUGAAUGAGAAAGCCGUUUCAUACAGACAGGUCGCCUUUGACUUCACAAAAGUUAAACGCGGAGUGGACGGCGUGAUGAGGACAAUGAACACAGAGAAGCUGCUCAAGACUAUCCCCAUUAUUCAGAACCAGAUGGAUGCCCUCCUCGAUUUCAAUGUCAAUGCCAACGAGCUGACUAAUGGAGUCAUCAAUGCAGCCUUCAUGCUCCUCUUCAAAGACUCCAUCAGGCUCUUCGCUGCGUAUAACGAAGGCAUUAUCAACCUGCUUGAGAAAUACUUUGACAUGAAGAAGACCCAGUGUAAAGAAGGUUUGGACAUUUACAAGAAGUUUCUCACCCGAAUGACCCGGAUAUCCGAGUUCCUCAAAGUAGCAGAGCAGGUGGGCAUUGAUCGAGGAGACAUCCCAGACCUUUCACAGUUCACAGUUUGUGCUCCCAGUAGCCUUCUCGAAGCUCUGGAGCAGCACUUGGCGUCUUUAGAGGGCAAGAAGGUCAAAGACUCCACUGCAGCCAGCAGGGCCAGCACUCUAUCAAAUGCUGUGUCAUCACUGGCCAGCACGGGGAUGUCUUUCACUAAAGUGGAUGAGCGGGAGAAGCAGGCAGCUCUCGAAGAGGAACAGGCUCGACUCAAAGCUCUGAAGGAACAGAGGCUCAAAGAGCUUUCCAAGAGGCCCUCCUUUGCCACCACUGAUACAUCACCGAUCUCCACCACUGGGGGCACUAUUAGCACAGCACCAGCCAUCGACCUCUUCUCUACACCCAGCUGCUCUAAUGGUGCAGUGAAGAUGGAGAGUGACCUUUUUGAUCUGCAGUCAGGGUUCCAGCCCUCUUUGCAAUCAGCCUCAACAGGGCCUCCAGUGGCAACAGCGUGGUCAGACUCCUUCUGUGGUCCAGUGUCCAUUGCCCAGCACCUCCCACACCAGGCUCCCUUCCCCACUGAGCCCUCUACUGUAGCAGGUCUAUUCAGAGGAUACUCGACGCCACAGGCUCCUCCACAACAGUCAGCGGGGGGACUCCAAGUGGACUUUGAGUCCGUUUUUGGAGCCAAGGCCACAGGCAGCAACAUCCUCAAUUCUGAUGAUAUUUCUGGGGGCAUCCUGAAACCGACUCUCGCCGGCUCCAACCAGGCGCCCGGUCAGCUGCCAGAUAAGCUGGUGUCGGAUGACCUCGACUCCUCCCUGGCCAACCUUGUCGGCAACCUCGGCAUCGGGAACGGCAUGAUGAAAAAUGACAUGCACUGGAGCCAGCCGGGGGAGAAGAGGAUGACCGGCGGCACCAACUGGCAGCCCAAAGCAGCGCCAAGCACGACCUGGAACCCUGUUUCCAUGCCAUCGUCAGUCAUGGCCUUCCCUGCCACCACGCCCACAAGCAUGAUGGGAUAUGGCAUGCCUCCACAAAUGGGCUCUAUGGGGAUGAUGAAUCCACCCACCAUGAUGUACUCCCAGCCUGCGAUGAGGCCACCCAACCCCUUUGGCUCUGUGUCAAGUGCUCAGCCCUCCGCAGCCUCUAGUCCUUCCAGCCAGAGUCCUCUCCGAGCCCCUGGACAGGACCCGUUUGCACACCUCUCUCUCAAGGAUUUCUUGUAGAGCGUCUCUUUAGAUGCAGUUCAUGUAACUUGAAGAAAUGUGUCU